CGGGCCACCCAGCGGCACCAACGACUUCAACACCACCGUUGCCGGCACCUGAACUAUCUAAACCGCAGCUGGAUGAGGAGGUAGUUUCAUAAUGCCACGGCUACUCAAUACGCGCCGCCUCUUCCUGGGCAGCAAGACCCGGGUCAGUCCCUGCAAGGGAAUCUCCCUGCUGCUCCUGGCCACCACUUGUGUCCUGCUGAUGCUGCAGCUCAAGGUUCAGAUGGACUCCCGCCUCUCGGGUCUCCCGACAACAAACACUGCCCCAGCGCCUCGAAUUUUUUGCAUAAUUCUCUGCUUUGAGUACCGCCAUAACUAUGCCGGGAUUCACGUCCACCGGACCUGGGCCAAGCACUGUGAUCACUUUGUGUUUGUCAGCGACGAUGUCCACCACAUUCUGGAGCCGGUGGUGUUUGUGGAUUUGCACGACAAUUGGCAUCUGUUACGUGCUCAUCUGGAGUACGUCCACAACUAUCAUUUCCAUCAGGGAGAUUGGUUUCUCUACGCCCACGAUGACAACUUUGUGGUGGUGGAGAACAUCCGGGAAAUGAUAAAGCCCUACAGCCGCGAUGAACUCAUUUACUUUGGCUGCAAAAUGAGGGACUCCAAUAGUUUGCCUUAUAUGUACUACAAGAGUGGAAUUCUCUUCAGUGCUGCGUCCCUUAAGCGUUUCGUCCUGGAAGCCAUGCCCAAUGAAAGUCUUUGCAGUUCUCAACCAAGAGGAGAUAAAGCCACCGAGGAAUUGGGCCUGUGUCUCAACAAUGUUGGAGUUAUUGAUGGCGAUAGUCGCGAUGAGUGGAAAGGACACCGAUUCCUACCUUUCGACUCAGAAAUACACUUGGGUAGCAAACUAAACGAAUCCAUAAGCGAGCACAAGCAUUUCUUAGAUAACUCUUAUUAUCCAGUAAAGGAUGUGAGUAAAUAG